CGCGUUUUCGUCACUAGUUUCCACCCAGUCGCGACGAUCAUCCAUCGCGGCGAUGGAUCGCUGACCGGUAUGACCGGCCCUUAAAGCACGUUUUAUUAAUACCGAUGUAGAGGAGGAUAAGAUGUCUAAAGGAGGUUCUUUGAAGCUGUCCAUAAAUUUAAAUAGGGGGAUAUCGUCGACCUCGGAGAACAGUCGACUGUUGGACACAGCCGAAGAAGAUGAAAACUGCAGUCGACAGGGUGCUGGAGAGGGCCACAGUCGUGGUGCUCGUUCUAUGGACAAGCAGUCGGAAUUGCUCAAUGUUAGAAUACCGACAGGUACUAAGGCCCAGAAGAGGAAACACAUCCAAACAAAUUUUGAUGACUCUCAGUUGGAUAAUUCCACAUUAGUUGCUCAGCAAAAGGAAAAGGAGAGGUUAGAAAGGUUGGAAAAGCAGAAACAAGCUCUGGGAGAAAAUGGUCACAUUCAGCAGAUGGCGGCCAUGCUUCAAAAGCCUGUCGCUCCUCUUCCCGUUCUCGACGCUUUUGAUCCUGAAGUCAUAUGCUUGAUUGGAGACAAUGAAUCAGGUGGUGUGGAUGAUAAGAAGAGCAUCACAAAAGUAGAGGGUCGCUGUUCUACUGUUCCAUCCGUCUCCAAGGCUGAACCCGAGGUCAUUGAGCUUUCGAGUGGUGACGAGGAUGAGAAGGAAGAAGGUAGCAGUUAUCCUCGUCGAGUUCCUCCUCCUCUUCCCACUUCCUCUGAUUAUGGAAAACGAUCACGAUUUGCUUUUUCAGAUAGGGAUAGGAUGGACCGAGAAAAAAUGGAGAAACAGCAUCAAAUAGAGAAAGAGCGGAUAAGAAAACGGCGAAACUCUAGGGAAUUAGAGAAAAUUGAGCUUACUACUGCCGGUCGUUUAUUAGUGAAUGCGGGUCACGGGCCAGGAGAACCGGAUGUUCACGUCGCGCCACAUCUUAAUCAUGUCUUGCAACCGCAUCAGCUGGGUGGAAUUCGUUUUAUGUAUGAUAACAUUGUUGAAUCGCUGGAGGAGUAUAAAAAAUCACCUGGUUUUGGGUGCAUUCUAGCCCACAGUAUGGGUUUAGGGAAAACUAUACAGGUGAUCACAUUUGUGGAGGUUUUUCUGCGGGUCACGGAUGCUAAAAGAGUUCUUAUCAUUGUGCCAGUCAACACAAUCCAGAACUGGUACAACGAGUUUGAAAAAUGGAUGCCUAGGUACACAGACAGCGGCGAGACAGCUCGCCAGUUCGAAGUAUUUCUUUUAGGUGAUUCUGUGAAGACAUUUGAUCAGCGAGUGAAUAUGAUAGAAGAUUGGUCUCGCAAAGGAGGUGUUCUUCUUAUCGGCUAUGAAAUGUUUCGUUUGUUGAUUCGAGCUACUCAGCCCAAAAAACCUACGAAAGCGAAAGGGAAUGCGUUCCAGACUCCUCGCCCUAAUCCUGAGCCAAAAUUGGAAUUUGAUCAAGGAUUUACGGCAGAUGGUCGGAUCAAGAAGGAAGCCAACGAUAUCAUAAGGAGUUCGCUUGUUGAUCCUGGACCUGAUCUUGUUGUAUGCGACGAAGGGCAUAAAAUCAAGAACCUGAAUACUGACAUAGCCAACGCUCUAGGUGCUAUCAAAACAAGGCGGCGAGUGGUGCUUACUGGUUACCCUUUGCAAAAUAACCUUAUUGAGUACUACUGUAUGGUGGAUUUUGUUCGUCCAGAUUUUCUUGGCUCGAAAAAGACGUUUAUGAUGCAGUUCGAGAAGCCAAUCAGGAAUGGACAGUGCAUAGAUUCAACUCCUCAUGAUGUCAAAAUUGCGAGGCAACGCAUUCAUGUCCUCAACAGUAUGCUUAAAGGAUUCAUUCAAAGGAGAACCCAUCAUUUGUUGAAAGCUAUACUUCCGGAAAGUAAGGAAUUUGUCCUAUUGCUUCGUAAAAGCCCCCUCCAGCAUGCACUUUAUAGGAACUUUGUCAUGUAUGCCAACACAGAGAUAAGUACCGGAAAUACAACAGUCUUCAAUCCACUAAAGGCAUUUGCCGCUUGUUCGAAGAUCUGGAAUCAUCCUGAUAUUCUUGCUCAAACGCUGGAGAAGAGAAGGGAGGAGAAAAAGAAAUAUAAAGAUGAUGGUUUUAUGGAUGCAGAGCCGCGAACGCAGUUCAUGCCAUCCAGUACAAUGAGCUCUCCUUACUGGCCUUCGCAACCCUCGGGUAGCGGCUAUAGCACCGGUUCUGCGGGAUUUGGCCCUAUCAAAAAUGACUGCAGUGUGGGUCCUCACUACACUUCGCUGCCUGGACCAAGCAGUGAAACCUCCUCAUACACCGAUCCAGAUUCGAAGAUGAGUUCUACACCGGCAUUCACUCGUGCAAUCUCAGAACCUAAAGGUUCGUCAGUUUUGGAGCGUUCACUGGAUAUUUCCACUGGCGAGCUUCACAUCACUCAUCAGAGUUUAUGGAGUGGAAUAUUUGAAGAUGUUCCUCGUGAACCUGUUAAAAAGACGGAAACAUCAAAUGAUUCUGGCAUUACUCUAGCUAGAGGGAAGCGCUUUACUAGAGGGAAGUCAAAAACCAUCCAAGGUGUAAUGGAAGAGGAGUUUGAUAUCGCAGAUAUCGAUCAAGGGCUUCAGUAUGAUUGGGCUGAGGUAGCAAUGGCAUCGUACAAAAAAGGUAAUAUUGAACACGGAUACAAAAUGGUACUGGCUAUGGAAUUACUGGAUGCAACUACUCGUAGAGGGGAGAAAAUGCUGAUUUUUAGUCAAAAUUUGACGGCUUUGGAUUUGAUAGAGGACUAUCUAAGCCGUCGCAAACUCCAGACGAGGACAGAGACAACAGCCUGGAUGAAAAGCAUCAAUUAUUUUAGGUUGGAUGGAAGCACUCCUGGAAUAGAGAGGGAGCGAUUGAUCAAUAGAUUCAAUUCCGACCCCACUGUCCACCUCUUUCUGAUAUCCACUAGGGCUGGUUCGCUUGGCAUUAACUUGGUAGCAGCUAAUCGAUGCAUAAUAUUUGAUGCCUGCUGGAAUCCAUGCCAUGACGCGCAGGCUGUAUGUAGAGUCUACAGGUAUGGCCAACAAAGGCGCACUUAUAUCUAUCGACUCAUCUUGAAUAAUUGCAUGGAAAAGGCAAUAUUCAAUAGACAGAUCAGCAAGCACGGUUUACAACAGCGUGUUGUGGAUGAUGCGCAGGUUGAUGCUAACAUAACGCAGAAGGAGUUGGAGACACUGCUCAUGUACGAUGAAGCGCUUGAUGUUAUUCAUGACAAGUGGGACACAUCCAAAUGGGACAUUGAUGAUGAAGUGUUGGCUUCUGUGGUGAAGCCGAGAAGCGAGAUGCUGGCUGAGGAACCUUUCCUCCAUGAAUCGUUGAUGCUUGAGCGAGAAGAAGGUUUGAGUGAAGAGGAGAAGAAAGAGGCAGAGCUGUGGUUCGCGAAGGAACAGUACAAGGAGUCCUUCGAUCUUGCAUAUCCUGAAGCGCCAUUAUUCAAUCCAGAAGGUGAUGGAUCCCGUUUCGGGCAACCCAGAUUUGGGAGACCUCAUUUUGGGAUGCCCUUUCCGUCUCAGUUUAUGACUGGCAACGUUCCACCACUUCGUUCAACGCCCAUGCCGCAUCUUUUGGAUCGCAUACCUAAACCUUCCACCGGUGCCGCUGUAUAUCCGAUGGGAUUGAUGCCGAACAGCUCUGUAUAUGGACAGGAUGGAGGAAUGUUAACGGGAAACCGCAUGAGAAGCAUGACUGAUGGACCACGCCGAGUUCUACCGUUCCCUGGCGCUUCUGUUGCUUUUGAACCAGCAUCAAACCACAGAGGCAGCGUUCAGCUCAUCAGAACAGACAGAGAUUUGAGUCUACCAGUCGUUUCGAACCCAGCUGAGCGGCAUGCAGUACCGGCAAAUACGCAGGUGAUGCUUAUCCGCAGCGGUGACGGUAUAUUCCUUCGAUUGAGUAAUGGACUGCUCUUGAACGCACAGAAUUCUGUCUUCGACUCAUUCCCACGCCAGCCACCCCCGGUAGUAACGAUCGCCCCCGAAUCACAACGGCUUCGACUUCCGCCGCCUCUAAAUUCCGCUCCGGAGAUUAUCGAAUUAGAUUGAAAUGUAGCUUAAUCUUGGUGUAACUCGAAAUUAUCCGGUAGAGACUUCCGUACGCUCCUAAAAUUUAACUAUUGAUUCAGGAUUAAUGUUCAAAACCAUUCCGGGUUCAAUUCCAGUGCUGCAUUUGUUAUAUGUGUUGCAUCCUGUCCGCAUAAGCACUGCAUUUUUUGCAACUUUGACUUUGUUUAGCCAAACUUUGAUUUUUCGUCUUUUUCCUUGCUCGUGGACCAUUCACUUACGGGCUUUGUCCAAUUUCAAACCUUAAAUCCAUGUUUAUAUUUACAUGUUAUGCAGUAUUUGUGAAAGACGCUAGGGAGCGUGUACAUCGUGUACCUUAUCUGUUAGAGCUAAACGACAUUAUAGGAAGUGCUUUACGAUUUUAGCAAGCAAUCGUCAAGUAUUAGCUAAGCUUUAUAUUCUUUUUCGGAUUUGUUUGAUUUUGUGAUAUCACUGUGUUUUAUUAGUGGAUGAAUUGUAUAUAUCUUUAAGACCUCCCUUUCUUGUUUUAAUUUCAUAGAUCUCUGCCUUCAUGCAUGCAGCACCAGUGGCCGCUGUAAUAUCUCAUUUUACUGAGGUCUUGCAUGUUUUAGUACUCGUUCUCCAUUACUUAGUGGUAAUUCUGAGAUGUUAACUGACCAAAUCCAAACGUACGCAUGAAUCUUCCGUCAUUUCCUU